CCGCACGCUCAAAAGGAGGAGAAAAAGUGGAAGAAGAGCAGAGGAAAGAAAGGGGCAUCCUUUUCCUCUGUGUUCCUCUUUGUUCUCUCUCCCUGAUUCUCUGGUGCUUCUUUUUUUUGUGCUGCCAUGGAGAAGGCCGUGGUCAUCGCUGCCCUCGUGGCCUUGGCUUCCGUGGGGUUUUCCUCAGGGGCGGUCUAUACUGUCGGAGAUAAAGCUGGGUGGACCAUCAUAGGCAAAGUGAACUACACCGCCUGGGCUUCUACUAAGAACUUCCAAGUCGGAGAUAUCAUCCUGUUUGUGUACAACAAAAACUUCCACAACGUGAUGGAGGUGACCAAGGAAGACUACAAGGCGUGCAGCAACGGGUCCCCACUGGCCACCCACACCACGGGCAACGACUCCUUCACCAUUAAGCGCCGGGGCCACCACUUCUUCAUCUGCGGCGUCCCCGGCCACUGUAGCAUCGGCCAGAAGGUCGACAUCCGCGUCCCCAAGCUCGCCGUCUCUGCUGCCCCUUCCGGUGCCCCGGCCGGCGCCCCCUCCAGCGGCGGCGGCGGCGGCGUAAGCGUCCGAACACCCGCCAUCGCCCCCACGCCCAGCGGCGCCCCCGUCACUGCCGCUUCCAAUGCUCUGGGCUUUGCGCUGGCUGUCCUUGCCUUCGUUGCCACUUUUGGUGGUGGUCUCGUGAUGCCUUAGUAGAUGCUUGAAGAUAGAUUUCCUACUUGUUUCUUUCAAAUUUCUUCUGGGACACUGAGACGGCUUUGUGGUUAUUUUAGUUUUGUGAUUAAUUUUUUAGUGGUUUGAAGGGUGAGAAGAGAUUGGAGACAACUUCUGUUAUUGCGGACAUGGUUGGUUUUGUUAUGUGAUUUUGGCUAUUAUCAAACAUAAAUGAGAACAUAUCGUCCAUGACUUUUUUUUUUUU